CUCUUUCCCCACAAUAUAUGUACCCUUCACCACACAGGUCUCCUUGUGUGUUCCCAUUCGCUCCCUCGAAUCGGUCGAAAACAUUUUACCCAACAGAGAGAUAGGGAUAGAGAGAGAGAGAGAGAGAGAGAGAGAUUCACUCUCACUUUCAGAUCAAUGAAAGUUCCAUUUCUCUCCCAAACGAGGACGACUUGUCUUACUUCUACACCUUAUUUCAAGACGCUUUCACCGGAAUGAAUCCAACUACCACCACCGCCAGCACCAACAACAACAAGAAGCGGCGGAGGAAGGAUGGAGAAGACAACAACAACAAAAAUGAAGAUGAGGGCAAGGAAGGGAAGAAGGACUUGAAGGAGAUCCUUACUUCGUUGCUCUUGUUCGAAGAGCAAGACAGAUCGAACCAGAACGAUUGGGCCAAGGCGGACCAGCUCGAGAAGCAGCUCUUUGAGACCAAUCACAAACAGAAAACCCAAGCCAUGCUCGAUUACUACUCUCAGCUUCAAGAUUCUAACUCAGACAUGGAGGAAUCUGAUGCCCAAUUGCGUGCCAAGCGUUCCCGCCUCUCUGCCGCUGCUGCCGUCGCCGUUGCUUCCGCCAUGUCCAAGCCCGAAGCAUCCAUCACUUCGACCGUCGGCAGUGGCGGCGUUGCUACUGGUCACCACCGCCGCCUCUGGGUUAAGGACCGUUCUAGGGCUUGGUGGGAUCAGUGUAACAAUCCCGAUUUCCCAGAGAGCGAAUUCAAGCGCGCGUUUCGGAUGGGAAGGGCUACCUUCGACUUUAUAUGUGAGGAGCUCAAUUCGGUCGUCGCCAAGGAGGAUACCAUGCUUCGCGCUGCAAUCCCUGUUCGCCAACGUGUGGCCGUCUGCAUAUGGAGAUUGGCCACUGGUGAGCCUCUCCGUCUCGUCUCUAAGCGAUUCGGAUUGGGCAUAUCGACUUGCCAUAAACUGGUUCUUGAGGUUUGUUCCGCCAUUAAGACCGUUUUGAUGCCCAAAUUUCUGCAAUGGCCCGACGAUGAGUCCCUGAAGAAGAUCAAGGAUGAUUACGAAUCCAUUUCUGGGAUUCCGAAUGUGGUCGGCUCCAUGUACACUACCCAUAUCCCAAUUAUUGCUCCCAAGAUCAGUGUGGCUGCGUAUUUCAAUAAGAGACACACAGAGCGUAACCAGAAGACUUCUUAUUCGAUUACAGUUCAGGGGGUUGUUGAUCAAAAAGGGUUGUUUACAGAUGUCUGCAUUGGGUGGCCUGGUUCAUUGCCUGAUGACCAAGUUCUCGAGAAGUCUGCUCUGUAUCAACGAGCUAGUGGAGGGCUCUUGAAGGGUGUUUGGAUUGUUGGAAGCUCUGGGUAUCCUCUAAUGGAUUGGGUCUUGGUGCCUUACACCCACCAGCAUCUAACUUGGACCCAACACGCCUUCAAUGAGAAAAUUGGGGAGAUUCAACGAAUUGCUAAGGAUGCUUUCUCGAGAUUGAAGGGGAGAUGGUGCUGCUUACAGAAGCGAACCGAGGUAAAGCUCCAGGACUUGCCCGUGGUUCUUGGUGCUUGCUGCGUCUUGCACAACAUCUGCGAAAUGAGGAAUGAAGGAAUGGAUCCAGAGCUAAAGUUUGAGCUCAAUGACGAUGAGGUCGUCCCUGAGAACUGUCUAAGAUCGGCGAGUUCCAUGCAUACUAGGGAUAACAUUGCUCAUAAUCUCCUCCACCAUGGUCUUGCAGGCACUGCUUUUUUGUAGUUCAAAGAGAAAAAUGUAUUUAUUUUUUACUAGUGAGAAGUUUUUUAAUUCUUUGGAUUGGCCUCUGUAUAUCAUUCUUUUACCCCACAGAACAGAUAAAUGGAUAGCCUUUUCUAGGCUAGAGCUUUCUUUGUUGAUCAUAGAGAGUUACAGAUUUGAAUAUGUAUCUCAGAUUCCAUACAUCAAUGCAAUUACGGAUUACCCAUGAAAA